AUGACGGGGGGCUCGCCGUUGCCGAGCCAAGCCGGAGCAACGCCCAGCCGCCUAAAGCAGAAUGCCCCUGCGUCUUCCGCCUUCGCCUCCUCCUCCACCUCCUUAGGGACGGACGAAGCGGACGAGGGGGGCAUUGAGGAGCUAGAGAGGGAGGUGGCCGAUCUGGGCCGCCGAACACUCGAGCACCGCCGUGACGCCGCCGCCCGCUUCAUAGACGCAACAAUAUCGCGCCUCGUCGCCUUCCGCCCGCCCGCCUGCGUAGAAGUUCCAAGUGAAGCACAAUCUACCGCUGCAACCUCGCACGCUGAAGCUGAACAAAAUAUGGUUGAAAAGCUAAAGUUGUUCAAAUCCAAGACUGAGGCAAAUAUCGCGGCCGUGCCCAAGGUACUGGAGAAAAUGAACGCAUGUAUUGCUCGGAUGGAGAAGGUGGAGGGAUUGAAUGUGAAUAUACAUCCUGUUUUCCAAAGAAAAUGGUAG